AUGAAUUAAGCAGAAAAAUUAGAUGAACAGCUUGACAAAUAUAUAGUUGUUGGUGAUAUUGGAGGUACUAAUUUCAGAUUAAGACUAUCGAAAGAAAUUUUAGAGCAAGGCAAUCCAGUGUCCUAUGAAAAAAUAAGCAAGAAAUAAUUAAAAGCAAUAAUCAUUGCACAGUCUGGAUGCUAAGAUGAAACAUUUUAUGGAGUUGGAAGGUGGAAGGAUGAAACAGUAAUGAAGAUUAAAGAUCAUUAUUAAGAAACGAGAGUUAGAUUUAUGAAUGAUGCUGAAGGAAUGGCUUACAGUAUUAUUGCAUAAGAAAGACUCUCUAAAAAAAAUAGAGAUUUAUUCGUUUAACUUAGAGAUGAUAUAACUUAUAAUGUGGCAAAUUAAAGUACAAAAGUGAAAUUAUUAUUCAGUAUGGGGACAGGCUUAGGUAUGGCUACUAUUUUACCAUAUCCAAAUGGAAAUUCCUUCAAAAGUUUUGCAUUAUCUUCAGAAGGUUGGGGCAAGAUAUGCAGUGCAGACGAGUAAAAUGAGAGAUAAUAAGCAUUAAGAAUUAAAAUGAACUCAGUUAGUGGGAUUAAUAGAUUAUGCUGUGGGAAUGGGGUAUCAAUUCUGCAUCAGUUUAUAAAAUCCUAUCAACCAAAAUAAGAGAGAAGUAAAGAUAUGAGGAACUAAAACAAAAUAGAUUUAUAAUCUAACAGACCAGCCGAUCACUAGACAAUCGAUUUCUUGAUUGAAAUAAUUGGUAAUUGCCUAGCUAAACUUGCGUUAGCAACAUUACCAAUGGGUGGUAUAUAUAUCAGUGGAGGAGUUGCAAAUUAUCUCUGUGAUUAUAUAAAAGACAGAAAAGCUGAUAAAAAAUAAGCAAACAGUAAUGAUGUGGAUGAAAAAGAAAAAUAACCAUAAAGCCUAUUUUUGAAACAUUUCUUAAUUGACAGUCCAAUGAAAGCAUCAGUCUUAGAAAAGAUACCUGUUUAUAUUAUUAGAGAAAAUCCUACUUUAGAUGGACUCGAAGCAAUGCUUUUAGCAGAAUAAUUUUGA